AAAUAAAGAGUAGAAGCAUUGCAAGUAGAUUCGUCUUCUAUGUAGUUCUUAGCUCAAAGAAACACAUAAAUUUUUCUAUGUGGAGUUACCAAAAUCAAUUUUUAUCGUUCCUUUAAUAAGUCAAUGGCUGAUCGCGCUGAUUCCUCUCCCCUCGUCCCUCCUUCUCCGGUGACCAGUUCCGGCGAGAUCGACCUCGAAGCCGGCCCUGGCGAGCAAAUUCAGUGCCGAAUUUGUCUCGAAAGUGAAGGUAGAGAUUUUAUUGCUCCUUGUAAAUGCAAAGGAACAUCAAAAUAUGUUCACCGAGAAUGUUUGGAUCAUUGGCGGGCUAUAAAGGAAGGAUUUGCAUUUGCUCAUUGCACAACCUGUAAGGCUCCUUACCACCUAAGAGUGCAUGUUCUUGCAGAUAGAAAAUGGCGCACCUUAAAGUUCCGAUUUUUUGUCACUCGAGAUAUCUUGUUCAUAUUCCUUAGUGUUCAACUCGUAAUUGCCUCCUUGUCAUAUCUCAUAUAUUUGAUUGAUGCUCACCAGAAGUCCUGGCUUCGUCUGGCAUGGGGUUUUGAUAGUUUGUUGAGUUUCUAUUACAUAUGUGGGGCUCUACUGUUUUUCGCUUUGCUUGGGUUAUCUGGUUGCUUUAUAACUUGCUAUGAUCGAAGAGUGCGCAGCGAUUUGGCUCAGCCAUGUCGAGAAUUAUGUCUUUGUUGCUGCCAUCCCGGAUUGUGUGCAGAUUGCCAUUUGCCCGGAACUCUUUGUAUGUGGACUGACUGCACCACAUGCUUUGAAAGUUGUGCAAGUGCAGCUGGUGAAUGUGGCGGUUGCUUCGGUGGUGCUGGGGAAGCUGGAUUACCAGUACUGGUAAUAAUGGGUUUGAUUGUUCUGGGCCUGUUCACAGUUAUGGGCAUAUUCUAUAGUGUCUUAGUGGCUACAAUGGUUGGACAAAGGAUUUGGCAACGACAUUAUCACAUACUUGCCAAAAGGAUGCUAACUAAAGAAUAUGUUGUUGAGGAUGUUGAUGGAGAGGUUACUGGAUCUGAUUGGUCUCCUCCACCACUUUCUCCUGAGCAUAUACAACAACUCAAAUCUCUCCGCCUUCUGUGAUGAUGAUAUUUGAUGAGAAUAAUAAACAAGGCAUGCAAAUGCUCUCCACGACUCGUCGAUAAUUGAGGUGAUAUCCUCGAAUAUAGUAUGUUUCAAAUCUGUUUUCAUUUUGGGACAACAAAAACUGGGAUUCGGAUCUUUGAUUAAUAGGAUUCUGGAUAUAUUACAGCAAUUGACAUUUAUAUUAUAUAUAAAUAUAUACUUUGGGUUGUGGUUAUAUUAUUGUGUGGCAACACUCUUUUAAGAAACAUGGAGAUCUGUUUAUUUUUAUU